AAGCUCACAGCCAUGGGAGAGCCGGGGGAGCCGGCCGCACACCCUCUGGAGGGCCCCAGCCCGAACUUUGCUCUAGAGCACCUGCAGGAAGAAAAGCCGGCCCCGGACCCCCUGUACGCCACCCCGCACGCCUGCGGCGGGCCGCCGGGUGGACCCCCGCAGCCCGGGCGAACCGUGGGCCUGCGGGAGCGGCUGCUGCUCACCCGGCCCGUGUGGCUGCAGCUCCGGGCCAACGCCGCCGCCGCCCUGCACGUGCUGAGGACCGAGCCCCCGGGGACUUUCCUGGUGCGGAAAUCUAACACCCACCAGUGCCAGGCUCUGUGUGUGCGGCUGCCGGAGGCCAGCGGCCCCUCCUUCGUCUCCAGCUACUACAUCCAGGAGCGCCCCGAGGGUGAGGGGAGCCGGCCUGGCCGGGAAGGGGCUCCGAGUGGACGGGGGUGGGGUGGGGUGGGGACGUCCCCGGGGAACAGCCUGGCUGCCCCGUCUCAGGUGUCUCCUUGGAAGGCUCGGAGCUGGUGUUCCCAGACCUCAUCCAGCUCAUCUGUGCCUACUGCCACACCCGGUGAGUCCCCCGCGGCGGCGCCCCGAACGGCCCGGCCCCCUCGCCCCCGGCCCCCCUCACUCCCGCUGGCUCCCUUCUCUGGCCUCAGGGACGUACUCCUCCUUCCACUCCGGCUGCCCAGCGCUAUCCACCAGGCGUCCACCCACAAGGCACUGGAGGCCAUCUCCCACCUGGGCAUUGAGUUCUGGAACUCCUCCCUCAACACCAAGACCCAGCCGGGCUCCUCCGCAGCCCCCAUGCUGCCCCGGCUGAAGGCCCGCUCCCCCCAGGAGCUGGACCAGGGCACGGGCGCUGCCCUGUGCUUUUUCAACCCUCUCUUCCCGGGGGACCUGGGCCCCACCAAGCGUGAGCAGUUCAAGAAGAGCUUGAAAGUGCGCGUGUCCACCGAGACCUCCAGCCCGCUGUCUCCCCCGGCGGUGCCGCCUCCCCCGGUCCCGGUGCCACCGGGGCCGGUGCCCAGCCACCCGGAGUGGCUGCCUCCCCGCCAGCUGCUGCGGAGGGAGAGCUCCGUGGGGUACCGGGUGCCCGUGGGUGCCAGCCCCCGGCUCCCGCCCCUGCCCUCCCUCCAGGAGGUGGACUGCGGCUCCCCCAGCGGCUCUGAGGAGGAAGGGCCGGCGGACCCCCAGCGCAGCCCGGCCACCUCCCCGCACCUGGGCCGGCGGCGGCGGCGGCGGCCUCUGCUGCGGUCCAUGAGCUCGGCCUUCUGCUCCCUGCUGGCACCGGAGAGGCAGGUGGGGCGCGCGGCCGCGACCCUGACCCAAGACAGACACACCGCGGUGGGCCAGCUGGUGCAGGACCUACUGACCCAGGUGCGGGCAGGCCCCGAGCCCCAGGAGCUGCGGAACAUCCGGCAGGCACUGAGCCGGGCCAGGGCCAUGCUGAGCGCGGAGCUGGGCCCCGAGAAGCUGCUCCCUCCGGAGAGGCUGGAACUUGUCCUGGAGAAGUCCCUGCACCGCUCGGUCCUCAAGCCUCUCCGGCCCCUCCUGGCAGCGCGCCUGCGGCGCCGGCUCGACACCGACGGUUCCUUUGGCCGGCUGGCUGAGGGGCUCCGCCUCGCUCGGGCUCAAGGCCCUGGAGCCUUGGGGACCCAGCUGAGCCUGCCCUCCUCACUGGACACCGAGCAGGUGCGCCAGAAGCUCCUGCAGCUGCUUCGUGCCUACUCCCCCAGUGCCCAGGUCAAGCGGCUCCUGCAGGCCUGUAAAUUACUCUACACGGCCCUGAAGACCCAUGCAGGUGAGGAUGCAGGUGCCGAUGAGUUCCUGCCACUUCUGAGCCUUGUCUUGGUCCAGUGUGACCUUCCCGACCUCCUGCUGGAAGCUGAGUACAUGUCUGAGUUGCUGGAGCCGGCCCUGCUCACUGGAGAGGGUGGCUACUACCUGACCAGUCUGUCUGCUAGCCUGGCCCUGCUGAGCAGCCUGGCCCAGGCUCCAGGCCUUCCUCCAAGCCCCGCACAGGAACUGCAGCGUUCCUUGAGCCUCUGGGAGCAGCGCCGCCUGCCGGCCACCCACAGCCUCCAGCACCUCCUCCGAAUAGCCUACCAGGACCCCAGCAGUGGUUGCACCUCCAAGACGAUGGCUGUACCCCCGGGAGCCUCGGUUGCCACCCUGAACCAGCUUUGUGCCACUAAGUUCCGAGUGGCCCAGCCCGACGCGUUCAGCCUCUUCCUGUACAAGGAGCAAGGCUACCACCGCCUGUCCCCCGGAGACGCCGCCCACGGGCUCCCCUCCACCGGCUACCUCGUCUACCGCCGGGCGGAGCGGCCUGACGCCCGGAGAGCGGCCCCCGGGGAGGCGGUGGACGCGGGGCGUGUGGAGGAGAGGAAAGAGGGCCAGGGAGAGGAGGGCGUGGGGAUCAAAGCCACCCCCGGGGACGGCGACGCGGUGUCUCAGACACCUCCGGAGGGGGACGGGGAUCAGAGCAGGGAAAGCCAUGUUCAGCCGGAGGAGCCGGAGGCUGAGGGCGGUCAGGCUGCGGGGGAGUAGGCAGAGGGCCGUGGCGGGAGGAGGGCCACCCUCCAGAGCCCCCGCCUCCUGGGCCGCCCACACCCCGACGACCCUCUGCUGCACCUGCCGCCACCCACCUGGGACUGGUUUUGACCUCCCUGACCCCACCUGAGCUGGAGGGCGAUGAGGGACGGGGCUCGCCGAGGGGGGCUGAGGGGCCCCGGGCCUCUCCAUCUUCCCUAGCUGCAGGACGAAGUCUGACAGGCAACCUGGGGUGUGAGGGGCGUGAGGGGUGGUAUCGCCCCCCCCCCAGGCAUAGGCGGGACUGUGGGCACCCGGAAGGCGGCCUCCCCUCCUGCAGUCAAGAGAAUUCAGGGAGGCAGCAAAAUGGCCGGCUUCUCCGCACCCCAGCAUCCUCACCUGCAAAGUGGGGGUGCCCCUGCUCAGCUCCCAGAAGUCUCCCAGGGCCCAGACAGAUGCUUUGAGUGCAAAGCGGAGCUCAGGCAAGAGAAAAGGGAGGGGAGGGUGGGUGUGAACAGCCUGCCCCCCUCCCUGCCUUCGGCUUCCCUGGGAGUGCAAAGCUUCUUCAGCCCAGCUGGGGGGUGGGGGUGGGAAGGUCAGGCCUCGGAGGAGAAAGAGCGGGCCUUCCAGCCUCCCCUGGGAACCCGACAAGUAGCUAGGAUUGCAGAGUAGAGAGGCGCAGACCACCUCCUCCCCACUCGGAGGCUUGAAGGGGAGGAGACCCUCUCCCCCCUCCCCCCCCAGGUCUUGACCAGGCCCGAGCAAGCUGCAGAUCUGAGCAAAGGAACAUGUUGGCUGUCAUCCGCGAGGGGGCGUACGUGGCCCAGGGAGUUGCAGAAGGUGACUUCCCCACCCCUCCCCGACCCGCCCCCCAUCCCAGCGGGGGAAGCGAGUGCAAGAGUCUCACAAGCGUAGGUGGCCAUUGGCCUUGCACUCCUAGGGCCAUCGGGCAACACAGGAGCCAAGGGUACUGGGCCUCGGGUACCUUGGGAAAGGUUCCCAGGAACGAAUUGCCUCUCUGGAUGGAGGACCCGAGCGAGUUUCAGAGACGUGCCCCUUGGGAGCUGAGCACCAAGGGACACCCACCCACAUGGCGGACAUGACAAGCAGGAGUUAGGAACCAUAGACACUGGCUUUCAGACGCUCCAGAAAAAGCUGGGUCUGAUUUCUUCCUAGGCCACUAAGGCCUACCCCCUCCCCCACUUCCUGCUGGCAGGAAGUCACCCUGUAUUCUGCUGUACGCCCUCCCCACCUACCCCUUUACUUUGUACCGUACUGAGCGCCCCACAGGUGCUCAAUAAAUGGU